UGUGUUUGUUGAAUGUGUGAAACCAUUUGCAUACUAUGCUAUGUUCUCCUUCUUUGUAAGCUGUAUUAAAAAAAACCAAAAAACAUUUCAUAAUUUUAAAAUUACUUUUCAGGACUAAUUCAUCCCUGGAUUAUACCCCUCAACUUUUUCAAUUACCAUUAUAGCAGUGGGUGUAUUAGGAUUAAUCCAUUCAAAUCGUGUUACAGACCAAUUUCCCAUAUUGCAUUUGGGGCAAUAGUCUCUAUCAGGCAGGUGCACGAUUUGAUUAGUUCUGAGUGGUUUAACAUGGCUCAGAAAAAAUAAGAUUGAUGACGCUGUGUCCUCCUGAGUGUCCAUGGGUUCAGUCUUUGCCCUCACAGUUGUUCCAACAUAAUUUAGGCACAAUGGACAAGAACAGCAGCUCUGGCUCUCAUCCAUCCAUGUACACCGAGGUAGUGGCUAUCAUGCCCACCAUCUUCCCUCGGGUGGGCUACAGUAUAAUUUCUUUCCUCAUGUUCAUCAACACAUUGUUAACGGUUUUUAACAAUUGUCUCGUCAUAACCGUGAUGCUGAGGAACCCGUCUCUACUCCAGCCCAUGACUGUUUUCUUCCUCAGCCUUGCGGUUUCUGACCUCAUGAUAGGCUUGUGCGGAUCCCUGGUCGUCACCAUCACUAACUACAAUGGCUCUUACUUUCUUGGCCACACAGCCUGUGUGUUUCAAGGAUUUGCAGUCAAUUAUUUUGGUUUGGUGUCUCUCUGCACUCUGACCCUGCUUGCUUAUGAGCGGUACAACUUGGUGUGUAAGCCGAGAACUGGUCUAAAGAUUAGCAUGCGGAGAAGCAUCGCCGGGCUGCUAUUUGUCUGGAUCUUCUGCUUGUUUUGGGCAGUGGCUCCGUUGUUCGGCUGGAGCUCCUACGGACCUGAAGGAAUCCAGACCUCCUGCUCUCUGGCCUGGGAGAUCAGAUCGUGGAACAACUACAGCUACCUCAUCUUCUACACACUCCUAUGCUUCAUUUUCCCUACUGUGAUCAUCAUUUACUGCUACUACAAAGUGCUCACAUCCAUGAAUAAGCUGAACAGGAGUGUGGAGCUCCAGGGUGGGCGCUCCAGCCAGAAGGAGAAUGAUCACGCCAUCAGUAUGGUCCUGGCCAUGAUCAUAGCUUUUUUUGUUUGCUGGCUGCCCUACACUGCGUUGUCAGUGGUGGUAGUCGUGGAUCCAGAGCUCCACAUCCCUCCACUGGUUGCCACUCUGCCCAUGUACUUUGCUAAGACCAGCCCUGUUUAUAACCCCAUCAUCUACUUCCUUACCAACAAGCAGUUCCGUGAUGCCGCUCUGGAGGUGCUGUCGUUCGGCCGCUACAUUCCCCAUGUGCUCCCCACUGCCCGUAUCAAUAUGCGCUCCUUCGACUCGCACAGCAAGGUGUUGCCUCUGUGACCUUCUCCAGAGCAAACAAAAAGCUGCCAUGAUUGUCAGUGUUUAUUGGUGCCCCAUCACAGACAGUCAUUUAGACCUGAACAUCUACAAGCCCGUGUCUCUCCGAGAGGUCUUCACUGUAGCCCAGUGAGAAAAGAAUCGGCACAGAGACUGUUAACUGAUAUGAAGGAGGUGGACAAAAUAAAUGCAAUCCAAUCCAUCCCGAAAAGAGUGCUUAUUUUGUUAACUUGUUAGGAUUAGAUAGGAGCUAAGUUGAUUAAUAUGAAACUAAUUUUUUUUGGCAUUUUAUUGUAUCAUUAUAUUGCAAGGUGUUCCUGUAUUUAUUGUCCACCCCAUUUUUCAAGUAUUCAGUAACAUGGUUUUAUUUUUGUGAUGUGUGACUGUUACAUUUUUCAUGUUGAUAUUUGCAGGUGUGUACUAUACAGUAUGAAUGUGGGAAAUUACCCAACCAUCAAAUUUUGUGUAAAUAAAUGAAAAUCAAUGUCAAUAAUAGACAGCUCCAUCAUGUCAUCAACACUGACAGCUAGACCAAAAA